AUGUCGCAGUACGCAAACAACUAUGGCGGACGCCAAAAUCCGUACGAUCAGAGACAGGCUGCAUCUCCAGGUUACAAUUCGCCAGAGUUUCGUCAGACUCACCAGUACGGCGAAUCUGGUGCAAUGGGUGGAUACGACGAGUCCGGACAUAAUGUUGAAAUGACCCCCCUCGCUCAAGCCGCGCAGCAACCCGCGGUGACAAAUAAUCUCUCGCAGUGGCUGGACACUGUUGUUCAACCUCUGAAGCUCGAAAUCAAAGAUCUGGAUACUGCGAGGAUCCCUGCGCUUGUUCGCGCUCAGCAAGCUUGCCUUACCAGCGUCGAUGCGGGCAGAGCUUCUGCCAAAGUAGAGGCGGAUGCGGAAGCAAUCAAGGACGAGUAUAAGUUACUCAUCGAACGCGUCAAGCAAUUGAAAUCAGUCCGCGAAAAUCAGAACUCGGCGACCAGAGCUAAGCAUGUAGGAGAGCUGGACAAAGGAUUGAGAGCCUCAUUUGCGAACUAUCAGUCAAUGGUACGCGAUUUUGACAGAAAGCUCAGGGAACAAUCUACUCGGCAAUAUCGCAUUGUGAGACCUGAUGCCUCAGAGCAAGAAGUACGAGAUGCUAUAGACGAUCCCCAGGGACCUGUUUUCACCCAGGCUUUAAUGAGCAGUGAUCGGAGAGGUCAAAGUCAGACGACUUUGAGCGCUGUUAAGGAACGGAAUGCCGCGAUUCAAAAGAUCGCAAGAGACAUGGCAGAAAUCGGUGUUCUGUUCGACGAUAUGAACAACCUUGUCAUGCAACAGGAAGCCGCGAUAGAAAAUAUCGAGACAAAAGGCGAGGAGGUCGUGGAAAAUAUGGAUAAGGGUACGGAGCAGAUCGGUGUUGCCAUUACCAGCGCUCGAAACGCGCGCAAAUGGAAGUGGUGGUGCUUGGGCAUAUGUAUUCUCAUCAUCGCUAUUAUUGUCAUUGCCCUUGUAAUCACAAAGCCAUGGCAGGCUGUAGCUCCGAAAGCAGCACGUCGUUCCCUUCCUAUUCAAAGCCGCCGAGUUGUUUCCGAAUUCACCAAACCAAUUGGGGAGCGAAUAGUGAAAGUAGGCGAAGAUUAUACCCCCCUCGGAAAGAGGUUCCGCAAAUUCCAGUCAUAA